AUGAGCAUUGACUACACUAAAUCAUAUGAUGAGAUUGAUCUCUUAUUGCCUUUUGAGGCUUUCUUUCCUCGGGUACAAAAUCAUCCUGUACUUAUUGUGUCUAGAUUGCCCGUGAGCUUUACUCUGCCUCCUGGUGCGAUUUUAUACAUCCUUUCUUUAUUUCUUAUGGGUGUUUGCUGUUCAAUAUCCCUGCACCGUCUGAGAGAACACAUCCAGACAAAUCUGAAGACCCAAUCGGUAAAACCCGAACCCAAUCAUUCCACCUCCGCUAACACCAACGAUAAUAUGGGCCUCCAGUCCCUGGCCGAGAGCCCGAUGAUGGGCCCGAUCUCUGCAUUCGAAGAUAGCGGGUGGGGUUACUGCACCGAGGAGUAG